AUGACGGACCUUGAUAUGGAUGUCGAUAUAGAUGAAGAGGAUGAUCCAAUAGUCAGCUCCUAUGACAUUUUCAUUAAACCUCACAUUUCUGAAGGUCGAGAAAUCUACAUACUACAAUUUCCAAAUCGCGAUAUUGAGCAACGAUACGCCGGCUCAAAUGAUGCUCAACCUCUCAAGUUUCGAACUAAGCCAAGAGCUGGAAUGGUCGAAAUGGAUGUCCCAAUCGAUGCGCGCAGGAACUAUGACAAAGAUAAGGGUGUGAAAUGGGGAGAUGCUAUUAAGAAGAGUAAUAUGGUAAAGGGCGGGGGAAGUCAUGGUUUACCAGGUGGAUUUGGAAUUGGAGGGGCACAACCGACUGGGAGAGGAAGAGGACGGGCGCAAGAUCAGGUUGAUCCUGAGAGAGUGAUGGCGGAUUUUGAGGGUGCUAUUCGAAGUGAACAGGUUUUGGUGAAACAAACUCUCGGUGGUCAAAUAAUUCCAGUCGAGAAAAAUAGUCCUCAAUACUUUCUGGGCGCUUUUCAAAAAGACAAGCUUCAUCUUACCCCCAUUGACCAUAUGGUCCAGAUGAGACCUCAAUUCCAUCAUAUCGACGCACACGCAGAACAGGAAAGGCAGAACCGACCCCGUGAAGGACCUGUACCUAAAAGCACAGAAGCUCGAGCUAUUCAUAUGACUGUAAAGUCAAAUAUUGAUGGAGAGGAAGAUGGAAGUGACAACAUCGGCGUACGAAUUGCUUCUGCGCAACAGGAACAAUGGCAAAAGCAUCGAUACGUUGAUGAGGAUCAUCCAGCUGCUUGGGAUUGCUAUCAUGAAAAUAUGUUCAUUUACCCGGAGCAGGAUGAGAAUGGAAAGGACCAAGAACUCUCAACGGAUGCGGUCCCAAGGUUGAUUACUGGAAUGGAUGAUAUGGCAUACAUUGAUACAAUUAGUGCGCCGAAUAAUGCUGCAAAGAUGUCAAGGGCGAAGGUGGACGCGCAGACCGUUGAUCUAGAUGAUGAUGAAGAUUUGUAUAUUCUCACAAUUUUGACUGUCAUCUUAAGUUCAAAGCUUGAGAAGGAGGAUUUCUUAAAUCCGCAUGUAGGCGAUAACGAUAAAAUAUUCCAACAUCGUUAUCAGGCAAGCUCGGCCGACAAGGGAGCUUUAUUACUUUACAUCCUAAGCCCGCCUCCACCCAAACCAAGUAGUGUACGUCUUACACUCCGAUUGAACCUUUUAGAUCACAGAGAAGAAUGUCUAGUACUUGCCAAAGCAAAUCGAUUGGAAAUAUGGAGGACCACAGAAGAAGGCCUUACGAUGGCAUACUCAAAAUCCAUAUACGGCCGCAUAUCCAUGCUCCAAAAGAUUCAACCCGCUGGAUCCAGAACCGAUCAUCUCUUCGUGGGGACCGUUCGCGCACAGUACUUCACCGUGAUGUGGAAUCCCCAUACGCAAAAACUGGAUACCAUGCAAUCAUUUGUCGACAUCUCCCAAGAACAUAUGCGGGAUUCGGAAAGUAGGGAUAGAUGUCUUGUGGAUCCGACGGGGCGAUUAUUGGUUAUGGAACUAUAUGAGGGGGUGUUGAAUCUAGUGAAGAUUGUGAAGCCGAGGGGGGGCAAGACGGAUUACUUGGAUAAGCCUGACCAGGUUCGGAUUUCGGAGAUGAAGGUUAGGGCGAGUGCGUUUCUGUAUACGGAUACUAAACAGCCGAAAUUGGCACUGCUCUAUCAGGAUGCGCGGGAGAAUGUGAAGUUGGCGACAUAUAGGGUGUUGGAUGAAAAGGGACAGCCUUCGCAUUUUGAUCCGAAGAGGAAUAGGGAGAAUGAUGUGGAUGAUUUGUGUGUUGGGGCCAUGCAUAUCAUACCGGUUCCGAAGGGGGGCGAUGAGGGGAGCAAGAGAUACAUUGUCAGGAAUGCGACGACGGCGAAGGCUAAUCUGGGAGGACUGGUUGUUGUAGGGGAGACGAAGUUCACGUAUCUGGAUGAUGAAAGUAAAGCGAUUGUCGAAUAUGCGCUGGAUGAGGCGGUAUUAUGGGCAGCGUGGGAACCGAUCGAUGAGAGGAAUUAUCUGCUGGGAGAUGAUUAUGGAUAUUUGUACGUUUUGUCGAUACUGGUUGAUGGUGCUACAGUUACUGGAAUGCACGUUUCGAAAAUAGGUCAGGGCUCGAAGCCUACGUCUUUGGAGAACUUGGGAAAUGGGAUUUUCUACGUUGCUUCGCAUGAAGCGGAUAAUCAAGUCAUUCGAAUAGAUUUGGAGUCGAGUCCGGGUCACAGUGUUACGGUGUUACAGAUACUACCGAACAUUGCGCCCAUAUUAGAUUUCACUGUCAUGGAUAUGGGUGGUCGAGAGGGAGAGAACCAAUUGAAUGAGUAUUCUUCAGGUCAAGCACGAAUAGUCACGGGUAGCGGAGGAUUCGAGGGGGGAAGUCUGAGAAGUGUUCGAAGUGGUGUUGGACUUGAUGAUACUGUAAUCCUUGCUGACAUGGAGGGUAUUCGUAAGGUCUUCGCAAUACAUUCUGGUCCAAGUCUACCAAAUGAUACUCUUGUAGUGUCAUUUUCCACAGAAAGUCGAUUCUUCAAGUUCGAUAAAAAGGGAGGCAUUGAAGAGGUGGACACUGUCAGAAACUUAUCAGCUACUUCGGAAACACUUCUAACUUACAAUCUCGAUGAUGGCUGUAUAUUGCAAGUCACGCAACAUGAGGCAACAAUACAUGGUAAAUCCCCCGGGCAUCGAUGGCAACCUCCCGACGGACAAAUAAUCACAGCAGCUUCUGGGAAUCAGAACUACGUUUUACUUUCAUCGAAUGGACGUACACUGGUCACUUUAUCAAUUGAACAAAACUUAGCCGAAGUUGCGUUUCAGGAGCUUGGCGAUGAUCAAGUAGCUUGCAUACAUGUACCCCAACUAUUGGGAGAUAUAGGUGUCGUCGGUUUAUGGAAAUCAGGAUCGGUAUCUCUACUUGAUCUUGGGACUCUCAACACUAUCGUAUCCGAAGAGUUACGACGAAACGAUAGUGCUUCUAUACCGAGAGACAUUGCUCUUACUCAAAUUUUGUCCCCAGAACUUUCGGGUCCAACUUUAUUUGUUAGUAUGGAAGAUGGUAUUGUGUUGAGCUUCAAUGUCGAUAAGGACAAUUACUCACUUUCCGGUCGAAAAAGCGUUGUGCUUGGAACACAACAGGCGCAACUUCAAAUCUUACCACGCGAUUCUACCACUUUUAAUAUUUUCGCAACGUGUGAGCAUCCUAGCUUGAUAUAUGGUUCCGAGGGGAGAACUGUGUAUUCGGCUGUUACAGCUGAUGAUGCAGUCGCUGUAUGCUCACUCGAUAGUGAAGCAUAUCCUGGUUCGGUAGUCGUGGCUACAACGAAUAUACUCAAGCUCUCAGUCAUCGACAAUGAAAGGAGAACACAUGUCAGAACUUUACCGGUUGGUGAAACCGUCAGGAGGAUAGCAUACUCGGCCAAGGAGAGACUAUUCGCUAUUGGAUCCAUCAAGCGCGAGCUAACGAAAGGACAAGAAACCGUCACUACAUCUUUUAGAUUCGUUGACGAGGUCGUUUUUGGCGAGCUAGGCGAGCCAUAUUACUUACCACAAAACAACGAAAUCAUCGAAAGUGUCGUACGAGCCGAACUUCCAACAAGACAUAGCGACGGUGAACUAGUCGAGCGCUUUCUCGUUGGUACAAGUUUCCUUUCCGACACUGAAGCAGACGUUCGUGGUCGUCUUCUUAUCUUCGGUGUCAGCAAUGACAGAACUCCAUACUUAAUCGCUACACAUAUUCUCAAAGGUUCUUGUCGAUGCAUUGGUGUACUUGACGGUAAGAUUGUGGCGGCACUGAACAAGACAGUCGUCAUGUACGACUAUGAAGAAAGAUCUAGUGGCAGCGCCAGCCUCUCGAAAAUCGCCACAUAUCGCUGUUCAACCUGUCCAAUCGAUAUCGAUAUCACAGGCAACAUAAUAGCCGUAGCUGAUAUAAUGAAGUCCGUUGCUCUCGUCGAAUACACACCAGGUGUCGAUGGCCUACCAGAUAAACUCGAGGAGGUGGGAAGACAUGCACAACAAGUCUUUGCAACGAGUGUGGCGGAGGUAGAUACAGAUACGUAUUUAGAAUCAGACCAUGAUGGUAAUCUGAUUGUGUUGAGGAGAAAUCGAGAGGGAGUUACUAAGGAGGAUAAAUUGAAGCUGGAGGUGCAAUGUGAGAUGAAUUUGGGGGAGAUGGUUAAUAGCGUGAAGAGGAUCGAUGUAGAAACUUCGAACGAUGCGCUAUUGAUACCAAGGGCUUUUGUCGGGACGACCGAAGGAUCCAUCUACCUCUUCUCCAUCAUCCCACCCCAAAACCAAGACCUCCUCAUGCGUCUCCAAAACCGCCUCGCAUCACUCCCCGCCCUCUCCUUCUCAGACCCCUCCUCCUCAAACCCAAUUGAAUUUUCCCCUGGCAACCUCAAUUUCAAUAAAUAUAGAUCGGGGGGUGCAGGAGAGGGUGGGGAAGGAUUUGGGGGUCAAGGGGGAGGAUUUGAGGGGGCUGGUGGAAGGCUUGAGGAGGUUGCAUUAGAGGAGGAGGGGAGGGGCUUGGUGGGGGAGAUGGUGGUGGAAAUUGGAUUUGGGGGGGGGGGCAGGGGAUGGAUUGGCGUGGGUAUUCGAGGGGUUUUUGGGAAUCAUGGGUUUAUAAAGGCUAUGAAUAUGAAUAUGAAUGAAACGAAAGAUUUAAAAGGAAGGAAUGAUAUGAUGUAA